AUGUACCAACCAUCAGGCUUUGUUGAUCCAGAAAGGCCAGAUCAUGUAUGUCGUCUCACCAAGGCCCUCUACGGCUUAAAACAAGCACCGAGAGCAUGGUUUGAUACUUUCAGCAACUUCCUGAUCGACUUUGGUUUUGAGUGUAGCACAUCAGAUCCCUCUCUGUUCGUUUGUCAUCACAAUCAUGAAACUCUUGUUCUGCUCCUCUAUGUUGACGACAUACUCCUCACCGGCAGUGACAGUCAUUUAAUGAGUCAAUCUCUUGAAGCCUUAAACAGCCGCUUCUCUAUGAAGGAUCUGGGUCCUCCAAGCUACUUCCUUGGAAUAGAGUUUGAAUCCUACAAGAAUGGGCUGUUCUUACAUCAAACAGCUUAUGCAUCAGACAUUCUCUUCCAAGCAGGAAUGUUAGAAUGCAAUCCUAUGCCAACUCCUCUGUCACAACAUCUUGACAAAAUGGACAACACACCAUUUGUUGAGCCAACUUACUUUCAAAGUCUUGCUGGUAAACUACAGUACCUGACUAUCACAAGACCAGAUCUUCAAUAUGCGGUAAACUUUAUUUGCCAGAGAAUGCACAAGCCAACGAACUCUGAUUUCACCCUACUGAAGCGAAUUCUCAGGUAUAUCAAAGGAACUCUCAACUACGGCUUACCAAUACAGCAACACAAGAAUCUAGCUCUAUCAGCUUUCUAUGAUAGUGAUUAUGCGGGUUGCAAAGAUACAAGAUGUUCCACCACUGGCUUCUGUAUCUUACUUGGAUCAACCCUCGUCUCUUGGUCUGCAAAAAGACAAUCCACUGUGUCAAACUCAUCAACAGAAUCAGAAUACAAGGCUCUGUCUAUUGUGGCUAAAGAACUGACAUGGAUAUCCUCGCUUCUUCGUGAUAUUGGCAUCUCUCAACACCAACCGACGAGAGUGUUCUGUGACAACUUGUCUGCUGUCUAUCUGUCAGCUAAUCCGGCACUACACAAUAGACUUCGACAAAGAUUGGCACUACAUUAG